AUGGGUGCUGCCCAGUCCACCACCCCUCUGGAGUGUAUGCUGAACCACUUCCAGGAGGGGUAUACUGGUGACUAUGGGAGGCAUAGAUUGACUCCUUCCAAGUUGAAGUUGUUUUGUGAAUCUGAAUGGCCGGCCUUUGGUGUCGGGUGGCCACCGGAGGGCACAUUUUCUGCUGGGGUGGCCCGCGCGGUCUACCAGGUGGUCAUGGCCUCGCCACGGGACUACCCGGACCAGUUCCCAUAUAUUGACUCAUGGUUGGCCGUGCUGCUAAAAAAAACCCCUUGGUUGAAGCAGUGUGCUAAAGAAAUGAGGUCUGGUCGGUUGUGUCCAUUGCAGCAUGAGCCUCAAAAUGCCGUGUCGGGGAUGCAGCCACAGGGGGCUGGAGGGGCGCCACCGGGUCGGCCGAAGCCCAUAGCAAAGCCCCUGUACCCUGUUUUGGAUCCGGGCCCAGAUCCAUUGGAGCUGGAUUGGCCGCCCCCUUACGUGCCGGUGCCGCCCCCGGCCGUGCCUCCCCCGGGACCCGCUGUGGGGCCGGCGGCGGCCUCGCCGGUGGUGACGCCCCGGCCGGUCCCGCAGCCCCCUCAGGCCCAGGGGGCCAGACAGCACCCCAUGGUCACGAGAUCUCAGAAGGAGGCCCCGACCCGGCCCUCCCCGAUAGAGUUGGGCUGGAGGGCCGAGUGGAGCCCCACCAUCACGCGGCUCCAGGAGCAAAGGGCACGAGCAAGGGCUGCCUCGUUUUCGGCGGCCCGGGGCCCGCUCGACCUUGAUCCAGACCCACAGGGCUCCGGCAGUGCACCGCGGGUGAAGACCCCGGCGUCGGAGGACGAGGAAGGAGCCCCACCGGGUUCUGACCCGGUUCUGUCCACCCCCGGUCCCUCCUCGCAGUUUGCAGUAGCGCGCGUGAUGCCGCUGCGGCAGGUCCAGACGCCACAAUUUUUGGGCCAAAAUGGGAGGAUCGAGGGGGGUCAGAGCCGGUAUAUUUAUACUCCCUUCUCCUCCGCCGACCUUCUUAACUGGAAGACCCAUGUCGCCUCCUAUACUGAAAAACCAGAAGCCCUCACCAAUUUGCUUACUAGCAUUAUGGGAACCCACAGCCCAACCUAUCUGGAUUGCCAACAGCUCCUCCUGACCCUCUUUACAACAGAGGAGCAUCAGCGUAUUUUAAGGGCGGCCAAGAAGAAGGUCGAGGAGGCUACCCCCGCUGAUCAAGCCGACCGUGCCCGGUGGCUAGCAGAGCACUUCCCAGAGACUGACCCCGCCUGGGACCCGAAUAAUACAGAUCAUAUGAACCUCCUGAAGUCCUAUAGGGGUUAUUUGCUGGCAGGCCUGCAGGAGGCAGGGAAAAAGGCCACCAACAUGACAAAAAUUGGGGAGGUUCUCCAGAAGCCCGAUGAGGCCCCGGGAGCCUUCCUUGAGCGCUUGUAUGAGGCCUACCGCUUGUACUCGCCUUUUGACCCUGAACAUCCCGAUAAUCUACGCAUGGUAAAUUGUGCCUUUGUAAGUCAAGCAGCUAGUGACAUUAAGCGAAAAUUGCAGAAGCAAGAAGGCUUUGCCGGCAUGAACAUUACUCAGCUGUUGGAAAUAGCUCAGAAGGUGUUUGUUAAUCGGGAGCAGGAAACCAAAAAGGCUGAAGACCGCAAGCUUAAAGUGAAAGCGGCCUUGCUGGCUUCCGCCAUAGGGGCCCAUGGUGGAAAUCGAGGCCCUCGGGAAGGGAGGCAGACUCGGGCAAGACACCCGGCGGGACCAGGAAAUGCCCGAAAACCCCUGGCCCCGGACGAAUGCGCCUUUUGCCACGAUUUUGGCCAUUGGGCCGAUUCCUGCCCGCAGAAGGGACAAAUCACCCCCUUUCCGGGACGAAGAGGGGAAGGCGGCCGCGGUAGACCACUGGGCCGGGAUGUCUUGUCUAAGCUAAGGGCGGCUAUCUACUUUGAGGAGGACGGCCAAGCCACUGUAGAGUUUCGGGCGCGCUCGUCUGGCAUUCUGGUGCUCACUUGCCCCAUGGAGGAGGAAUGGAGGCUUUUCCAGUCAUCCCCAGAGAAGGGUUUGUCUGACCAAUGGGCUUCCGUCGUCCCAGGGGUAUGGGCAGAGGAUAAUCCACCAGGUCUGGCCCGUCACCAUGCCCCCAUCGUUAUUGAACUUUUGCCCGGCAUCCAACCAGUCCGUUUACAGCAGUACCCCAUUCCCUGGAAAGCUAUUGAGGGGAUCCAGAAACAUUUGGAUAGACUCUUGAAGUACGGCAUUCUUAAGGAGUGCCAAAGCCCAUGGAAUACCCCACUGCUGCCGGUUCAGAAGCCUGGCACUGGCGAGUUCAGGCCUUGUCAGGAUCUCCGGGCGGUGAAUCAAAAGACCGUGACUUUACACCCGGUGGUGCCAAAUCCGUAUGUGUUGUUGGGGCUGGUGCCUCAGCAGGCCAACUGCUUCUCGGUGCUGGAUUUGAAGGACGCGUUCUUCUGCCUGCGAAUAGCCCCCCUAAGCCAGCCCAUUUUUGCAUUUCAGUGGCAGGAGCAGGAUACAGGCAGAAAGCUCCAAUACACCUGGACCCGGCUUCCCCAGGGUUUCAAAAACAGCCCCACCCUCUUCUCAAACGCAUUGGCCCAGGAUUUGCAGGGGUUCGAGGCGACUCCAGGGACAUGCGUCCUAAUCCAGUAUGCCGAUGAUUUGUUGGUUGCCGCCCAAGGACGAGACCGCUGUUACCAGGCGACCCUGGAGCUGCUGGAGCUGUUGUGGAAGGCGAGCUACAAGGUGUCCCGAAAGAAGGCCCAGCUAUGCCAAGACCAAGUUAAGUAUCUGGGGUUCCAUGUGUCCCAGGGUACUCGGUCACUGGGCCAGGAGAGGAAAGAGGCCAUCUGUGCCCUGGCCGAACCUACCUCGAGGCGACGUGUCCGGGAGUUCCUGGGAGCAGCAGGGUUCUGCCGAGUAUGGAUCCCGAAUUUUGCCCUAAUAGCAAAGCCCCUCUAUGAAGCCACCAAAGGGGGGGAACGGGAACCGUUUCUGUGGGAAGCUGAACAGAAAGCUGCCUUUUACGAACUGAAGAAAUUACUGAUAGGAGCCCCUGCCCUGGGGUUGCCUGACGUGGAGAAGCCCUUCACCCUGUUUGUCCAUGAGCGGAACGGCGUGGCGAUCGGGGUCUUGACCCAGGCUUUGGGAUCAUGGCAGCGACCGGUCGCCUACCUCUCAAAACAACUCGACUUGGUGGCCAAGGGUUGGCCUGCUUGUCUUUGGGCCGUUGCGGCUACUGCAGAACUCAUUAAGGAAGCCGAUAAACUAACCUUGGGACAGGAACUGGAGGUGAAGGUGCCCCACGCGGUGCUUACUCUGAUGGACUAUAAAGGAAAUUACUGGUUCACGAAUAGCCGCAUGACCAAAUACCAGGCGAUGAUGUGUGAAAACCCCAGAAUUCGUUUAACCACGACGGGGGCCCUAAAUCCCGCCUCCCUGCUCCCGGUCAGCGACCAACCCUGCGAUCACGAUUGCAUCCAGACCAUGGAUGAGGUGUAUUCCAGCCGCCCCGACUUGACAGACACCCCCUUGCAGACUCCGGAUGUUGAGUACUACACGGAUGGGAGCAGCUACAUGCAAGAUGGAAGGCGGUAUGCUGGCUACGCGGUUGUUACCUGUCAGAAAACCAUUGAGGCCGAACCACUGCCAGUAGGGACAUCAGCUCAGAAGGCUGAAUUGAUCAGCCUAACACGGGCCCUGGAGUUGGCAGAAGGAGUGACUGUGAACAUCUACACGGAUUCCAAGUAUGCCUUUCUGACUUUGCACGCUCAUGGGACACUGUACAAAGAAAAAGGACUCAUAAACUCGGCGGGAAAGGCUAUUAAGUAUGGGGCGGAGGUUUUGAGAUUGCUGGAGGCUGUGUGGGCACCAAAGAGGGUCUCCGUGAUGCACUGCCGAGCUCAUCAAAAACCUCUUAGUCCAGUGAACGUGGGGAACCGCAGGGCUGAUGAGGCGGCCAAACAGGCCGCCACACGGGGAGCUGGAGAAAGGGCGGAGCGGCCUACUUGCCCUGUAUUUCAGGUUCCGCUGGCAGAAUGGUCCCCCCGGUACAGUGCGGCAGAGGAAGCCUGGGCUGAAGCCCAGGGCGCCUCCCAAGCACGGGUGCGGGGUUGGAUCCAGUUGCCCGACCGACAGCUGUUCGUGCCCGAGGCACUGGCUUGGCCCCUGGUGAUCCAGGCUCAUGAGGGAACACAUUUUGGGAAAACAUCACUAGCUGAAUUGCUGGAUAGGCAGAUGUAUAUUUCAAAGCUGCAUAGCCUGUGUGAGAAGGCAGCUCUUAGGUGUGUUCCUUGCGCCCGCAACAAUCCCCGACAGGGCCCAAGUCGCCCCCCGGGAAUACAGCACACUGGAACAACCCCUUGUGAGUCCCUUAUUACUGACUUUACUGAAAUGCCUCGGUCGGGAUGUUGGAAGUAUUUGCUUGUGUUUGUAUGUACCUUUUCUAAUUGGAUAGAAGCAUUUCCCACUAGAACAGAGAAAGCGUCCGAAGUGGUGAAACACUUGCUUAAAAACAUUUUGCCUUUCUGGGGUCUCCCUGUGACAAUAUCUUCUGAUAAUGGCCCAGCCUUCAUCCAUAGGGUGGUGCAGAGGGUUUCCCAGGAGUUACACAUUGACUGGAAGCUGCAUGCCGCUUAUCGGCCCCAAUCCUCGGGUAAAUGUGAACGGGCGAAUAGAUCAAUAAAAGCCCAGCUAUCUAAGUUAUGCCAGGAGACUAGCUUGAAAUGGCCCGAUGCCUUGCCCAUUGUCUUGUUCCGACUGCGGUGCCUACCCAAGAAAGGCCUCAAACUCAGCCCCUAUGAGAUUGUUUUCGGGAGGCCACCCCCCAUCACCAGAGGGAUAAGAGGGGAUCCGGCCCAGAUUGGGAACCUCGUUUGGUUCCAGGAGAUACAAUCCCUGGGACAGGCAAUGAAUGAAGUGUCUAAAUAUGUGUUGCAGACUCUACCGUUGCAGGUUCACAACCCUGUCCAUCCGUUUCAGCCUGGAGACGAGGUGUGGGUCAAGAUUUGGAGGACCCAACUGCUCCAGCCAAAGUGGAGAGGCCCGUUUACCGUUUUGCUCUCCACCCCAACUGCAGUUAAGGUCCAAGGACUGGCCCGGUGGAUUCACUGGACCCACCUGAAGCAAGCAGCCCCCGAGUGGCGUGUGCAAUCCGUUCCAGGGACUGGACUGAAACUAAAAAUCCGCAGGAGCCAUCAACUGCCUCCUCUGGACCCUUGCCUACCGGGACGGCAGGGUUCACAGGCAACUUAA